GGGUUCAUGACAUAGCUAUAGCCCACCAGUUUUUAUCAUAUGUACAUAAUAGAAAAGAAAAAACAGUGGCCUCCUUAUCUUCUCGUAAUCCAAAUAACAACCAUACAAAACUCUCACUCACUUUCGGUUGCAGUUAGUUAACCCGCUCCAAAACCCCCAGAACCAUGCUUUACUCUCUCUCCCUGCCAUCCUCCUCUCCCUCCUAUCCACCGGCGAAACCCCUAAAACCCCGUCAACUCUCUCCCUCUCCCCACCCUUCCCAUUACAUCAAAUUCCGCACAGCUCACCAUGAAAACCUCAGGUACCUCAAAGCCAUUGGUGUUAUUGGUCCCAACAGCAAAUCUCGCCAAUUCCCUACCCCUGAUGCCAUAUCUCAUAUCCUUGCCACCCUCAAAUUUUUUGAGUCCAAAGGCUUCUUGGAGACCGACUUUGCUAGGCUCACAUUUCUAUGCCCAGAACUUUUAUCUCUCAACUUUGACAUCACUGACAUUGAGCCUGUGUUCCAAUUCUUGACCGACGAUUUACAUGCUUCUGAUCAAGAAUCGAGGGGUUUGGUCAUCAAGUGCCCUCGACUACUCUUCUCUGAUGUGGAAUAUUUCCUUAGGCCUACUCUUAAUUACCUGAGGCAAUUAGGGGUGAAUAAGUUGAAUGUUCCUAGUAAUUUGAAUGCACAUCUUUUGAACAUCCGCGUAGAGCAAAUGCAAGUGAGGUUCGAGUUUUUAAGAAGCAUAGGUUUUUCACAUGAUGAGGCUGCAAAUAUUUGUGGAAGAUUGCCUGCAAUAUUUGGGUACAGCAUUGAAAACAAUCUGAGACCCAAAGUUGAGUACUUGGUGGAUGAGAUGAAGAGGAGUUUGGAUGAGCUGAAGGAGUUUCCUCAAUAUUUUGCUUUCAGUUUGGAAAAGAAGAUAAUGCCAAGGCACUUGCAUCUGAAGAGAAGGAAUGUGAAGAUCAAAUUGAACAGGAUGCUGUUGUGGAGUGAUGGAAGAUUCUAUGGAAAAUGGAAACGAUGAUUUGGUAUGCAAUUUCAGAACUUGUUCUUGGUUGCGCUUUAGGCCAAUUUACUGCCUCUUGUCA